AUGGGUGUCGAACUCAAAGGAAAUGGCCCGGGGGAGCCGCCUAUGAACCCUGCUAUUGCAGUCCCCUUGUUCGUUGUCGCCGGGCUGAUAGUAAUUCUAUUUGUCUGGAGAACCGUCAUUCGCAUCCGACAUCGUCGACGAUCAAAGGCGGCAUGGCAAGGAGCCGACCAGACACAGCUGUCUCGGACAAAUCGCUUGAAUGCGGCCCUGAAAAGGCAUUUAAUAUACGCUCCGAUAUGGGGCAAUCGCCACAGCCGCGAGUUUCGCAUGUUUAGGCUUCACAUGGGGUCUCUACCGCUGCGACUGGAGAUGAUCUGCCUGUUGAUCUAUCUCAGCUUGAAUGUACUAUUCAUUGUUGUGACUGUCGAUUGGUGGGUCAGUGAUUAUACCGAGAAGAUGUUCCAGCUCAAAUACACUGCAGGCCAUCUGGCAGUCAUGAAUACACCUGGCUUGGUCCUAGGUGCAGGGCGGAACAAUCCGCUGGUCCAGUUGUUGGGCAUCCCGUUCGAUACGUUCAAUUUCAUGCAUCGUUGGGUGGGACGUGUGAUCACAGCUAAUGCGGUCAUUCAUAUGAGCGCUGUGCUGGCCAGCCAGGCUUAUAUAUAUGGCCCAGACCCUAUUCUAUAUGCUAUGUGGCAACAGAAGCUUUUCCUAUGUGGUCUUCUAGCCAUCCUUGGAUUCAUUUUCAUUUUUAUUCAAUCUCUGUCGCCGGCCCGACAUGCAUUUUACGAACUAUUCCUUCACCUGCACAUAGCUCUAGCCAUAUUCUCCUUCGUGGCGCUUUGGUAUCAUCUACAAAACCUAUUGCAACAGCGUGUGCUCCUUGGCACCUUGGUCCUGUGGGGCCUCGAUCGUGCAGGUCGACUUGGGAUACUACUUUGGAGAAAUCUUAGCUCAAGGCCCACAACUGCCACAGUGGAGAUUCUACCUGGGUCUGUUGCUCGCGUUGACGUGGCCGUGGCUCGGGCAUGGCGCUUCCGUCCUGGCCAAUAUAUGUACCUCUACAUGCCCUGUCUGGGAUUGUGGACAUCACAUCCCUUCACGGUCGCGUGGUCUUCGACAUCGGAUUCGUUGACUAUGAACGAAAAGCGUGGCUCGGGUGACUCUUUGAAGGCCCUCAUCGGAGACUCGCCGACUACAACCAUGUCCGUUCUGAUCAAGGGCCAGGAUGGGUUCACGAAAAGGUUACUCCAGAAAGCAGACGACUCCCCUGAGGGACGCAUUCGGGCUAUGGCAUUGGCAGAGGGGCCAUUUGGCGGUAUCCAUUCUCUCGCCUCAUAUGGUACUCUAUUGUUGAUAGCUGGGGGGAUUGGCAUUACCCACCCAAUGUCGUAUCUGAACGAGGUUCUAGCCACGUUUAUGGAGCAGAAAACAGCUACCCGCAAGGUGCAUCUGGUCUGGAUCGUCCGUAGUCUAGAGCACCUAACUUGGAUUCAAACAUUCAUGGCCGACAUACUAGGCCACGAAUCCCUAAUUGGCCCAAUAAACGCGAACGGGGACUCAUACUUCCAAUUUCCACAGCUUCUCCUCUCCAUUAGCCUCCAUGUCACAGCACAUAAGGAUACGGCCGAGGAGUACAUACCACAACCGGGUUCGCCGUGGAUGCAAUGUGCUCCGCCCAGCGUACCGGUCAGCAUCCACCACAGCAAGCCUUGUAUGAAAUCCGUGCUAGAGAAAGAAAAGGCAGAACAGAUCGGUGCGAUGGCGGUUAGCGUCUGCGGUCCUGGUGGCCUAGGCGAUAGUGUGCGAGAGGCUGUCAGAAAUGUACAAGGAGAAAAAACGGUCGAUCUGUUUGAAGAGACAUUCUCAUGGUAA